AUGACUAAGGAAGCCAACAAGGCAAAGGUGGUUUCAAAGGCGACGGCCGGUGAAUUGAAGUACGACAUCACGUAUGACAUCAAACUGACCAAGAUAUUGAAAGGUCCUAUCAGGCACUAUGAUACCAUCUGCACUGCAUCCUCCUCUGCAGCAUGUGGUGUGACUCUGAACAAAGGUGUAGAAUAUUUCAUCACAGGCCAACUGAAGCCUGACGGGUCGCUGCGUGUUUCAUCCUGUAAUUAUGUUGUACCCUGGAAGAGCAGCCAUGAUAUCCUGGUAGAACACUUUAUGAUGGGCUGUGAUUGCAAGAUCACUCGCUGCUCCUCUGUGCCGUGCGGGAUCGGCAGCCCAACUGAGUGCUUGUGGACAAAUACAAUUGACGAGCAGGACAAACAAUCUGCUUGCAUCAAGAAAAGUGAUGGUUCUUGUUCCUGGUACAGGGAGGAACCUAAUGGACAUUAAAGACCCUAAACUCCCAAGCAGAAAAUGUCAGAUACAAAUCAAUCUAUUUAA